AUGCAGAGCCUGCACAGAAGGGACGUUAGGAGCGUGAACAAGGACGCUCGACUACCGAUGAAGCCCUACGUAAAUGCAGUGCCGAAGCUGCUUAUUGGUUUGGACCAUGGGCAUCUAGGACUGCCAUUGAAAACGAGACGGUUUGCCAGCGAGGGACCGUACGCGGCCGCAACCGAAUUAGGAUGGGUUGUUUUUGGGCCUGUGGAAGGACGACGAGACACGCCAUCACUAAGGUCUUGUCUGCUAGCCACGUCGUUGGAUGAUAACGUGGAACGGAUCGUCGAGGACUACUUCGAGAUCGAGAACUUCGGUGUGAAGGCGGCGCCAGCGGCCGCAGCCAGCGACGACGUGAGGGCUCAGAAGAUCCUGGAGGACACAACGGUGCUAGUUGGCCGCCGAUACCAGACGGGAUUGUUGUGGAAAACUGAUAACAUUGUGCUGCCACGUAGCUAUGAUAUGGCGUACAAUAGAUUGGUCAACAUAGAAAAGAAAAUAAAGCGAGAUGGGCAGUUCGCCCAAGAAUAUUCCCGGAUUGUUAAAGAUUAUGUCGACAAGGGAUACGCUCGGCGUCUGGAACGACAGGAGAUCGAUUCGGAAACCCAUAGAACAUGGUACUUGCCGCAUUUUGGAGUGGAGAAUCCCAACAAGCCAGGGAAGAUCCGAUUAGUAUUUGACGCAGCGGCACGAGUUGGAGGAGUGUCACUGAAUUCUGCGCUGAGCAAGGGGCCGCAACACUAUAAGGCCUUGGCAUCUAUCCUCUUCCACUUUAGGGAAGGUGCCGUCGGAGUCUGCAGCGACAUUAAGGAAAUGUUUCACCAGGUGCUGAUCCGACCCGAGGAUAGAUGUGCGCAACGCUUUCUGUGGAGAGAUGGGAAUGACCAACGGGACCCCGACGUCUACGAGAUGUGCGUGAUGACCUUUGGAGCAGCAUGCUCACCGAGUGCGGCGCAUCACGUGAAGACAGUGAAUGCCAAGCGAUUCCUGGAUUCGGAUCCCAGAGCAGUCAAGGCCAUCGUGGACUACCACUACGUGGAUGACUAUGUGGAUAGCUUCGCCACAGAGAGCGAAGCCAUCGAAGUAUCUAGCAGAGUGAAGAAGAUACAUGCAGAAGGCGGGUUUGAGCUUUGCAAGUUCUCGUCCAGUUCGCCUACAGUGGAGAGGAUGCUUGGACCCAGUGAUCACGCCCAGAGUAUUGGAUGGGGUGAGGCCGAGCAAAAGAUUUUGGGAAUGCGGUGGCAGCCAGCCACGGACGACUUUAGGUUUCGAGUGAAGUACCACAAAGUCGCCCCCGUCGUGUCCGAUGGAAAGAGAAUUGCCACAAAAAGGGAAUUCUUGAGUAUGGUCAUGUCAACGUUCGACCCCUUGGGAUUCCUGUGUUGCCUAAUGAUAACAGCGAAGUUGUUGCUGCGAGAGGUCUGGAGGAGGAAGAUCUCAUGGGAUGAACCACUACCGGCUGAGAUGUACAACGCCUUUAUGGACUGGCGUAAAGAGAUGGAGAAAGUGGAACGUUUUCGGUGCCCACGUCACUACUUUGGAUCCGGGCUGGUGAAGACUGUCGAGAUGCACGUAUUUGUGGAUGCGAGUCAGUCGGCAUUCGCAUCAGUGGUCUACUGGAGGAUCACGUACGAGAACGGCGACGUGCAAGUGAGCACACACCGGCGCUACAAGCAGUUCGUAGGGAACAGAGUAGCAGAGAUUCUGGAGUCGACGAAGGUGGCCCAAUGGAGAUGGCUACCAUCCGCCGACAACGUGGCAGAUGAUGCAACUCGAGCGCAACGCAGCGUGGACCUAAGCGAGGAGUCACGCUGGUUAAGAGGACCGGCAUUCCUGAGGAGACCAGCGAGCAGCUGGCCAGGAGCUGCACCCACCGACGAAGCGGAUGCAGAAGACGAAGAGGAGAUGCCGAGUGAGUUUGUGCUUGUUGGAGCGAGUGACCCGUUCAUAUCGCUGGAGAGAUUCUAUAGUUAUAGGCGAUUGCUGAGGACUACGGCUUGGGUCCUAAGGUUCAUACGCCGAUGCCGUGGACAACGAGAUGAGCUGGAGAACUACGGCCUCAAUGUAGCUGAGUCUGAAGCAGCUGAGGACUUGUUAUUCCGUAGAGCACAACGUGAGGCGUUCCCCGAUGAGGUGCAGGCCGCAGAGAAGGACUUGGACGUCGCUAAAGGAAGCGACAUAUGUGGACUGGCGCCAUACCUAGAUGGCAAUGGAAUUCUGCGAGCGUAUGGCAGGAUCGAUGCGGCGCUAUGUAUACCUUACAGCGCCAGGAGGCCAGUGAUCCUCUCCCACCGGCAUGGUCUCACGGAGAUGAUUGUGCGCGACGCUCAUGUGAGGAUGAAGCAUCAAAACGUGGAUGCUACGAUGGCGGAGAUCCGGACCAGGUUCUGGAUUACGAGACUGCGGAGAGUGCUUCGUAAUGUGAUCUCGGGAUGCAGCGAGUGUAAGCUGCACAGAGCACGGCCGAUGCCGCCGAUUAUGGGACCCCUGCCAGAUGAUCGUUUGGACGCCUAUGGCUGGCCGUUUAAGAGCACAGGCCUCGACUACUUUGGGCCGCUGUUAGUGACCGUUGCUCGGCACCAGGAGAAGCGGUGGGUGGCCUUGUUCACGUGCCUGACGACCAGGGCGAUUCAUCUGGAACUGGCACAUGACCUGUCGACUGAUUCCUGCAUACUUGCAAUCAGGAAUUUCAUCUGCCGUCGAGGGCCUGUGCAUAGACUGCGCAGCGACAAUGGCAGGAACUUCGUUGGAGCAGACAGAGAGGCCAAGAGAUUUGCGGAGAUCUUCGAACCCGAGAGGAUCCAGCCGGAGCUGUCAAGCAAGGGAAUUGAGUGGAUCUUCAACUGCCCAGCGAACCCAUCAGAGGGUGGAGUCUGGGAGCGAAUGGUGCAGUGCGUGAAGAGGGUGCUACGCCACACAGUGAAGGAAGUGGCGCCGAAGGAGCACGUCCUGGAGAGUUUCCUAAUAGAGGCGGAGAACGUCGGAGCAGCUUGCCCACCGGAUACCCCCGGCCUGGAUGGAGGCCUCGUCAAGGAAGGAGCUACGCGGAAGCAGUGGCGCGUGGCAAGGAUGUUGAGAGACCGAUUCUGGAGGAGGUGGGUCUUGGAGUACCUACCCACGCUGACACGGAGAGAGAAGUGGUGCCGCAGAGAGAAGCCGAUUCAACGAGGAGACAUCGUCUUCGUUUGCGAUCCAGCCAUUCCGCGUCGAGACUGGCGGAAAGGCGUCGUGGAGGAGACCUUUGCUGGAACGGAUGGUGAGGUCAGACGAGCCCGCGUUAGGAUCAUGGAUGGAGAUCGGACCCGCUGGAUAAUGCGCCCCGCUUCAAAGUUGGCGGCUUUGGAUUUGAGUGAAGAAGUUCUUCACGGAGGUGGGGAUGUCGCGGAUCGAUUAUCGAUAGUUAGUAUUUAA